AUGGCGCUCAAGGCCGCGUAUUUUGGGCUUCAAUGUUUUUGGGGCGAGUCCGCUUGGGCUAAGUUAAAAGGGGUUGAUAUAACAAGAGUUGGCUAUGCUGGUGGACAACAACCCAACCCAACUUAUAAAGCGAUUUUAGAUCAUACUGAAAUUACCGAAGUUCAAUAUAAUGAUCAAAUCAUUUCUUAUGAGAAGUUGCUGGAUUUCUUUUGGAAGCAUCACGAUCCAACUGAAAAACGAAAGAAGCAGUAUCGAUCGGCAAUCCUCUAUGUCGAUGACCAACAAAAAGAGUUGGCUUUGAAAUCAUUUGAGGAAGCCAAGAAGAAAUUUGGUGAAAUUGAAACUUAUGUGGAGCCACUUGAUAAAUUCUAUCAAGCUGAAGACUAUCAUCAGAAAUAUUGGUUUAGAAACCGAAAAGAUCUUUUUGAUGAGCUGAAAUUGGAUAACGAAGCAGUUGCGACCGGAAAAUUGGCGACCAAGCUUAAUGCUUAUGCUGCUGGUUAUCAACGAUUUGAAGAGCUUGACGAACUUCAGAAGCAAUACAAAUUGAGCGAUGAUUAUGUGAAACGCGUUAAAGAUUUCGCAUUAUCCGGCGGUGAUCCGCGAGCUUGCCACUAA